AUGACGUUGAGUCCCCCUUCCCCGUCGUCGCCAACUCAACCUACUGCCGAUCCGGUGAAUAUCGGUUACACGACGCUCCUAAAGGGUAAGAGAGAAGUAGCUGACCAUUUCCCAAAGGCCGUCAUGGACAUUGCCGCCUUCUUCGCACCGGAGUUGAUCAAGGCAUACCCGGAUGCCAAGUUCAUCCUCGUCCACCGUGACCCCAGCACAUGGAUGCGCUCGAUGCGGGAAACCAUACUCCCCUACGAAGAGGACAGGAGCAAGUUCCCCAUACGGUAUAUGCGCCUCAUCGACAGCUACACCCGGGACCUCUUCAACAUGACGGACUGCCUGGGCCAGUUCCUGUGGAAAAGAACCGACGACGACGAUAAAGAUCUUCGCUCAUACGACCGCGCUCUCAAGGGUUAUCAGGACAACGAAAUGGUUCAACGAAUGAUCCCACCCGAAAAGCUCCUCGUGCUUAGACUCGAGGACGGACUGUGCUGGGAGAGUAUCUGCCCUUUUCUCGGCGAACCCGUGCCCGACCUACCCUUCCCGGCCUCGAACAACCCGGCCGAGUUUAAGCAGAGGCUUAGGGGCAUCAUUCGCACGACAUGGACGAGGACGUUGGUCUUAUACACCAUAGCAGCUCUGCUUCCGCUCAUCGGCGCCAUGUGGUAUGCCAAGUACAAGGCCUAG